AUGGAACAACUUCAAACAUCUACCGUUGAUGAUGUGAUUUUAUCACGGAGAGGGUAUUGUAUUAAGGGUACAUUGUUAUUAUCAACCUAUCAUCUUGUAUUUACAUUUUAUCCCAACCCUCAAGAUUCCAACCCCAGAGAGAUAUGGAUAUGUUAUCCGGUGAUUGAAAAGAUUCAUAAACAUAGAGGCUCUUCAUUAUUAGCCAAUAAGAACAAUGCAUUCAAUUCUCCUAACAAUUUUAAUUCCAAAGAUAGUAGUUUAGCUAAAUCCUAUCAAGAUAAACAAUUUGAUCAUUAUUCAGCUUCUCAUAUAAGAAUUCAAUGUAAAGACUUUACAUUCUAUUCCUUUGAUUUUGUCAAUGAUUUGAUAUGUAAAGAAGUUUAUCAGAAAUUAAGUAAGUUCAUUACUUUACCCAAAGUAACCAAAGAUUUGAGAUCUUUCUAUGCUUUCAAUUAUCAAUCAAAUAUGUUAGAAUCGAAUCUUUCACAAAAAGGUUGGAAAAUUUAUGAUCCGAUAAAAGAAUAUGAAAGACUAGGUCUUAUAUCAUCAGACGAAUCAUUCUGGAGACUUACAACAUUGAAUGAAGAUUAUAAAUUAUGUCCGUCAUAUCCUAAUACAAUCAUUGUUCCAGGGCCUAUAUCUGAUAAUGUGGUUAAACAUGCAUCAAAAUUUAGAUCUAAGCAGAGAAUCCCAGCUAUCGUUUACAAACACAAACUCAAUGUCAAUGGGAAUGUUAUUGCAAGAUGUGCACAACCUCUAGUGGGGUUAAAUAUUCAGAAUCGUUCAAUUCAAGAUGAAAAAUUGAUUGGUGAAAUAUUUAAAAGUCAAGAAAGAGAAAGAUUAAGUAAAAUUGAUGAAGAAAAUGGAUUUGUUGAACAACCCCAAAGAAAUUUAAUUGUUGAUCUUAGACCUUUAACGAAUGCCAUGGCUCAACAUGCUUUAGGUGCUGGUACUGAGAAUAUUGAUAAUUAUAAAGGUAAACCAAAUAAUGAGAAUGGCACUAAUGAUAAUGAACCAAUCAGGCAUGUUGAUAAGAUAUUCUGUAAUAUUGAUAAUAUUCAUGUUAUGAGAGAUUCUUUGAACAAAUUAACUUCAGCAUUAAAUGAACUAGAUGAUUUCCCUGUUUCUUUAAAUGCCGAUAAUGAACAAAUGUCUUACCCUGCAUUACAACAAGCAUUAUCUAAAUCACAAUGGUUGCAUCGACUUUCGAUAAUCCUACAGUCUGUUGAUAGAAUAAGCAAAUCUGUUCAUUUGAAUAAUACUAAUGUUAUUAUACAUUGUUCUGAUGGUUGGGAUAGGACUUCUCAAGUAUCAGCAUUACUGCAAUUAUGUCUUGAUCCUUAUUAUAGAACACUUGAAGGAUUCAUGAUUUUGAUCGAGAAGGAAUGGUUAAGUUUUGGAUUCAAAUUCAAUUUAAGAGCUGAUCACGGGGGAUGUAUUGGAGCCACUAUACCUAGAGUAAAUCAAGAAAAUGAAUUUGAUGAAACCACUGAUGCUUCUGCUCGAGGAGUUGCUUCUUUCUUACAAAGAGCUGCCAAUAAAGCAGCUGUUCAUUUGAAAAACACCGCUACUGCUGCAGCCAAUGCAGCUUCAGCUGCUUCUAACAAUAUGAAUUCAUCUAAUAUUAAUUCUUCCACUCCUAGUUCAUCCAAUUUCAACCCCAAUGAGGAAGGUUUAGAGAACAGUAUCUCCGAAACAGAAUCAAUAGAAUCUAAUGAUCAUAAAUUCCUUCAUUCCAAGACUUAUAAUGGAAGUAAUGAUAAAUCACCAAUUUUCCAUCAAUUCAUUGAUUGUGUAUUCCAAAUUUAUAGACAACAUCCUUCAAUGUUUGAAUUUAAUAGUAGAUUCCUUAAGAGGUUAUUCUAUCAUUACUAUUCAUGUCAAUAUGGAACAUUUUUAUGUGAUUCCGAAAGAGCAUUGAAACAAGAAAGAAUACCUCAAUUAACUACUUCAGUAUGGGAUUAUUUCAAUUCAAGACCCAAUGAAUUCAUUAAUCCAAAUUAUGAUGAUUCCAAACAGGAAGUAGUGUUCUUCAAUUAUAGUGAUGUCAAAUGGUGGACGGAACUUUAUGGAAGAUCAGAUGAAGAAUUAAAUGGAUUAUCUAAUUCUCUAGAUAGGAAAUUUGCCAAGAUGAAUUUACAAAAGAAAUCCAAAAAUCAAGACGAAUAA